GAGCCCACAGGACCCGGCGCUACGCUGCUGUAUAUCCCAGGCGGCGCGCACGGGAAGGCGAGGGCGCUCGCGCCGCGGGGUGUCUGGCGCAUCCAGGGUUGUAGCGACGCUGCACGGGGCACGCACCUGGCUGAUGGGACCGCCGACGAGGAGCUGCUUCGUGCGGCGGCGCGGGCUCUGCCUCCAGAAUCCGCGCAGACGGUGUUCAGGGCGAUCGCGCAGGCGCUGGGCGCGGACACUGACAAGGAUAGGGAGGCGGCCGGGGGCGCGCUCUCCGGGGAGAUCCACGAGAGGCGGCGCAAGAGCCAGGUGAUUCGCUUCAAGCAGAUCAGCGAGGAUGCCAUCCUCGGCCCAGAUGCGCCGCCAGCGGCUGGCGAUCUCAAGCUGGACACGACCCCGACCCGCCCGCGCGCCCCCGGAGGCGCGCUCCCGAGGUUGGCCCGUAAGGGGCGUGCUGCAGCGACGUCCGACCUGGUCCAGCCACUGGCGCUGGGGCAGGCGCGCGAAAACCUGCCGCCGCCGCCCGCGCACCCUGCGGUGGGAGGGGAGCGCUACGGAGAGUUGCUCCGCGACCAGAGGACCGAGGUGAUGCUCCAGAAGCUCAGCGAAGGCGCCCGCAGCGGGGCCACGAGCCGUGGCUCCAGGGCCGGGGCAGCCGAGCGGACCAGCGACGAGGACGCCCUGAUCGAUUUCGCGAUCAUCUUGGCGGUGGUGUUGUCGCGCACCGAGGGGGCGGUGAAGCAGAAGCUGUUCGCCAUCAGGUACGCCCACUUGGACGUCGGGCACAGCGACCCGCCCCUUCACCGUGGACGGCCGUGGACGACCCUGGCCGGCCUGAAGAGGCUCCAGGGCCCCAGCAGCCGGCGCGAGAGGCUGGUCACCCCGCGGAUGUUCCCGCGGCUGAAGCAGCACCCGAGACGCGGGCCUCAGUCCAGCCAGCGCCGCCAC